UGUGUUUUGUUGUUCGUGUGCGUGCGCCUGUUUUUGCCCGCAGGGGAGCAAUGUUAAUUUGUCAUCAAGAUCAGUGAAAUUAGUUUCCAUUGGGGUCUGUCGUGCGCGCAACAUUUUUAAGCUCAACUAGCGGAGAGAGUGUGAUUUAAUGCAAAUACCUACCGUUAAACGAGAUUUUCAUAUCUUGCACAAAAAAAAAGUACUAAAAGUGAACUACCGACGGCUUGGAGAAAAAAAAUUAUAAUUAUUUUAAAUCAUAUGAAACAAACUUUUCACAAAAAGUCAAAACAUAUCAAAAAAUAAAAAAAAUAAUAUCUGAAAAAAGUGUUGUGAGCUUUUGAACAAAAAAUAUUUUUUUUUAAUGUUAAUAUAAAUUUUGUGCAUCUGUUUUAUUUGGCUUCUUCUUUGUGGCAUAUUUUUUGCUGAAUAUCAUGGCAACGGAUACGAAUUCCGUGGAAACAAAUAAAAAUCCUGUGGAACGUGUCAAACCUGUGGAAACAUUGGUUUUGGCAAAUAUUGCCCUAAAAGCUGAACAGAAACGUUUAAGCGGUGAAAAUGUGGUCGGUCGCAAGGAAGAUGAACGAAUCACCAGUGCCGUUAUGAAAGUUUUAGAAGGAUACGAUUGGAAUUUGGUUCAAGCAUCGGCCAAGCAACCUUCGGAUCGUAAGAAGGAGCACAUCAAACGUCCAAUGAACGCAUUUAUGGUUUGGGCCCAGGCGGCUAGACGUGUUAUGUCUCAACAACAUCCACAUUUGCAAAAUUCCGAAUUAAGCAAAUCUCUGGGAAAAUUAUGGAAAAAUCUUAAAGACUCUGACAAGCAACCAUUUAUGGAUGUGGCAGAAAAAUUACGCAAAACCCAUAAGCAGGAUCAUCCGGACUAUAAAUAUCAGCCACGAAGGAAAAAAGGACGUAGCCUUACGUCCAGUGCAGUGCAAUGCAACAGCGAUGGCCUAAAAACGGAAGCAUCUGUUACGGCAAUGAUAAAUGGUGCUUCGGUCAUACCCAACAACAGCAACAAGAGCCACACCAAUAGCUCUACAGGAAUAACAACAACAACAGAAACACAAACCAAAUCAAAUACAAAUGGUCAGAACAGAAAACUGUCGACGGCAGCAGCAACCAACAGUCAUUUGUCAGCAAAAACCAUGGCAACAGCUGGAAGUCGGGUGAAUGGCAACAAAGCCAAUGGCAAACAACAAAGGAACCGUGAACAAAUACAACAACAGCAGCAGCAACAGCAGAUACUGCCACUGAAUGGAAAAUCUUCAUCAUUUGCCAUGGAUAUUAAUGAAACGUUAAAGAAUUCCUGUAAAAAUGUGUCAUUGUUGACUCAAGGUCGUCUUUUGGGAUCCAGUGGGGCAGAUGAAAGUUCAGCAGAUUUUCUAUUUAGUCGUUAUGAUUACACUAAAUCUUUGGAUUCACCUGGUUCAACGAGUAGUUCAUUGCUGUCGUGUGCCACCACACCCAAUGAUUCGCAACCCCUGACUCCACCAGCCACUCCAUACUGCAAUCAGCUGCAACGUUUCACUGGCCAACAUCAGCAACAACGCCAGCCAUCGAGAAAUUUAUUGCAGCAACAGGUUAGCGAUGUUGCCGCUGGUGGUCUAAGUGAAUAUCAGCUACUUAACAUUGAAGGACGUGAAUUUAUAUCCUUGGAUGAAUAUAACUAUAAUGCAGCAGGAGUGCCGGCAGCCAAUAAUGGAGGUGGUGCUCCUCUAGCAAUAAAUGUCGAUAUUCAUGAUGGAAAUCAUCAAUAUUCCUCCUCCCCCUCCUCCUAUGCUCUGCAAUUUUAUGGCAAUCAACAACAACAGCAGCAGCAACAAGAACAGAAUAACCACCAACAUAAUUCUAUGGAAUUUCAAAAUUAUGGACAUCUUGGUAGUUCAGCUGGCUAUACAUCGGUGUAUCGCCACACAAAUUGUGCUUCAUCUCCUACGAUGCACACCAUUGAACCUUUAAAUUAUUUCAACAUAUCCACGCCACCGCCAGCCACAACAGCUCACUCUCCUCUACGUGCAACAACCACAUCGCCCUUCGCCAAGACCCCCACUCACAGUGUGGGAAUGCCCAAGAUGAUGGCGGCCACCACCACAACUGCUACUCUGAAUGGACAUGUACACCAGUAUAUGGCGCCAUUUGUUGUUGCAACGGAUAUAACGUCGGAAGUUGCUGUUGGCAAUGCCAACACUAAUGAAGAUGUUGAAACCAGCAUUGAACAAUAUUUUAUGGAUCAAAUAAUGCCCAUCGAGGCGGCUACAGCCACCAACAUCAAUGGCACAAUGCAACAAUCCAGCACCCCCUCCUCCGCUUCCCUUACGUCUGCCACAACGAACAAGACACCAACAUCUGGAAUUUCUUUGAAUAAUUCUGCAAAAUCUCUCAUGUAUGCGGCAAAAAUUUCACACUCCGAUACACAUGUGCUCGAGGAACAUGCAAUAGCUGCCAAAAAGUUAUGUCUACCACCGACACCAUCAUCGAGCAAUUCGGCCACAUCCUGUUCAUCAUCUUCGCUGUCGCCAAACAAGUUUUCACCUACAUCACCCACAGCCACUACUGUGGCAGAUAAUAUGAAUUGUUAUUAUAUGUCAGCCCAGAUGCAAGGUACAGCGGGAGCCUUAAGCUCACCUAUGGGAGCAGGAACAAUAACCACAGAUGCACAUGUCGACACAGCAAUGGGACAUUCUGUUAAUGAAACUGAUUUCCCCAACCUCUAUGGCCACCAUGGAAAUGUGCAACACAGUCAUCAACACCAGCACCAGCAACAACAACACCAACUCGAACACCAUCUUUCGUCCCACACCAUGUCAAGUCUUUCAGUCAGCCAUCACCAUCUCCAGCAACAUCAUCAACAAGACCAACAGCAGCAGCAACAACAGCACCUCCAUCAUCAUCAACAGCAGCUCUUGCAGUGGAAUGCUACUUAUAAUGUAUAAAAAAAAGACAUAACAUUUAAUUAGUUCUUAACAAUAUUUACUUAGCUUGGCUAAUGAAAUGACAAAAACAACUCUAUGGUAUACUAUAGGCAAGGAUAAUAGCCCAUAUUUUUUGUUCUUAGCGAUAGACAGACAGUAUUUUUAAGCCUAUCCGAUAAUUGGAUUGUCCUAUUACCGUAUGCAAUUUAAGUGGUGGCUUUUAAAACACAUUGCUUCUUUUUUAUUGCAAUAAAGCAAUAAUUAAAUAUUUUCGUAUUAUUAAUUUUAUAUAAACAAUAU